CUGUACCAUACAUCAACCAAGAAAGAAUCCACAGCACAGAGACUCUGCCACCCUAGCUCCAGCAGCACCAUUUGGAACCACACCAACCAAGCAUCCACGCACGAAAACAAAACCAUGUCUUCAGGCGGAUCAAACGGUUCUGGCAACGGUGGCAGCGGCGGAUCGGGCCGGGGCUCUUCGGGAUGGAACCCAAUCCUGUCCCACGGCUCCGCCAUCGGAAUCCUGAAGCCCGACGUGGUCUUUGACGUCUAUGGCAGCUCCACGUCUUCGGGGGGCUCCUCUUCAUCCUCAUCAUCUAACCGCGGCGGCGGCGGUGGAGGCUCGUCGUCUUCGGGAUCGAGGGGUGGGCGCUGA